CGGAGGCCAACGCGAUGCCACACCGCACGCCGGUCUCGGCAGCGGCAGGCGUGUCGCCCCCGCGCGCGCGCGCAGGACGCACGUAUGGCGGCGGGGCGGGCACCAUCGCGCCACGGCGGUGUCGCCGGCCCGCAGCUCCGGUGGUGACCCCCUGAUCGCGCGCGCCAUCGGCUUGCUCCUCCUCUCGUCCUGCUGGGCCUCCCCAGGUCUGAAGAAAUUGACCAGAUGCAGCCAAGCCAGUCCAAUAGGAGCACUGUAGUUUCAAUCACGCUAUUAUUUUAGAGCCCCCCUGUCACGGCCACGGCGGAGAAGGAAGGCGAUUCCGAACCGAAUACGCCCUCCUCCACUCCCCGCCCCGCCGAUCUCAUCCGCAUCUUCCGCCUAUAUAACCCCGAGGCGGACGAGGGCGCACGCCGUUUCCUCCGCCCUUCCGCGCGUCUUCCGCGCAUCUUCCGCCGCCGCCGCCGCCGCCGCCGUCCCCGUGGUGUGGUUGGGACUGGGAGUGGAAGGAAGUGUGGGCGGGCGGCUGCUGCUGUGGUGGUGGUGGUGGUGGGUUAGGGGCCUUUUUGUUUGUUUUGCAUGGCGGAGGCCGCGGGGUUGUACGGCCGGCUCAACGGGAGCAGCACGCGCGGGUUCCUCGCCUACGUGGCGGCGGGGGCGGCCUGCGCGGCGGUGCUCGCGUGCUACGUGAUCUCCGCCGCCGAGCCGGGCGCCGGUGACGGCGGCGGCGCCAAUGGGGGCCUCCGCCUUUCCUCGCGGUCGGCGCGCGUCUGGCCGGACCUGGCGUUCAACUGGCGGGUGGUGGUGGCCACCAUCGUCGGGUUCCUCGGGUCGGCAUUCGGCACCGUGGGCGGCGUCGGCGGCGGCGGGAUAUUCGUGCCCAUGCUCAACCUCGUCGUCGGAUUCGACACCAAGUCCGCCGCCGCGCUCUCCAAGUGCAUGAUCAUGGGGGCGUCGGCGUCGUCGGUCUGGUACAACCUGCAGGUGUCGCAUCCGUACAAGGAGGCGCCGGUCAUCGACUACAAGCUCGCGCUGCUCUUCCAGCCCAUGCUCAUGCUCGGGAUCACCAUCGGCGUCGAGCUCAGCGUCAUCUUCCCCUACUGGCUCAUCACCGUACUUAUCAUUAUCCUCUUCAUAGGGACUUCCUCGCGGUCAUUUUACAAGGGAAUUCUCAUGUGGAGGGAGGAGACGAGGAUCCUGAUGGAGACACGUGAGCGAGAAGAGCAAUCUAAGUCUGCCUGCGCCGCAAGUGAUGUGGUUAUUGACCCGAGUUAUCAAGAGCCUCUCUUGUCCCAGCCACAGCCCAAGGAGAAGUCUGCCCUGGAAACCAUGCUGUUCAAUUUGAGGUGGAAGAAUAUCCUAGUUCUCUUGGCUGUCUGGUCAUGUUUCUUGGUGCUGCAAGUCGUCAAGAAUAACUCACAAUCAUGCAGCACUGUCUAUUGGGUGAUCAACAUUCUUCAGGUCCCAGUAGCCGUUGGGGUAUUCCUGUGGAAAGCUAUACAGCUGUGCAGAGAGAGCCGUGCUCGACGCAUGAAUGGGAACUGGGAGUCUGUAUGUGAGGCCUCUGUUGAGUGGUCACCUGCACAGCUCAUCUUCUGUGCCUUCUGCGGUCUGGUUGGUGGUACUGUUGGUGGUCUUCUUGGAUCCGGAGGCGGUUUUGUCCUUGGUCCACUUCUUCUUGAGCUUGGUUGCAUUCCUCAGGUUGCAAGUGCAACAGCAACAUUCGUAAUGAUGUUCUCUUCAUCCCUCUCCGUGGUGGAGUUCUACUUCCUGAAUAGAUUCCCAAUCCCUUUUGCUCUCUACCUUAUCUGCAUUUCCAUAUUGGCUGGAUUCUGGGGCCAGUUCCUGGUCCGGAAACUCGUGGUUGUGCUAAAGCGGGCAUCUCUGAUCGUGUUCAUCCUAUCCUCUGUCAUCUUCGCAAGUGCUCUUACUAUGGGUAUUGUUGGAACCGAGAAGAGCAUCUCCAUGAUCAACAACCAUGAGUACAUGGGAUUCCUCGACUUCUGCAAGUAAAUGGAGAACCCAUCAGAUUGCCCAUAUCCUCUGGGGAGAAUCCAGGUCAACGCCUAUUUGACCUCAUUUCUCCCAAAUCUUAAAAGUGAGAAGAAAAAAAAUAAAGUCGUGAAGCUAUUGCACGCGUUAGCCCCUCGCUAACCUGCGAGCACCCGUCCGACAAAAUGGUCGUACUGAAGUGAAGUUCAUGGCAUGCACGUGUUAGCUCCUGGCUAACCUGCAGCCCUCUGUCAUGGGUCUUGUGAGAGUCUUCAGGUUUUUGUCAUGCUCGUGUUAGCUCCUGGCUAACCAGCAAGUUUAGUGUGUACCUAGGGAGAGUUGGCAGUUAUGCAGUUCAUUCUUGAGCUAGCUCCUGGCGAGCACACCUUGCAAAUGAUUAUUGCAUGGAACAGUGUAAAUACCAGCCCAUUCCUUCUGUCAAUAUUAAGAUUGUUGCAUUUUGAGCUA